ACAGACGCCCAUAAACGCUAAAAAGUAAAAAAAAAUUGUUUUUAAAUUUGAAGUGAUUAUAAUUGGGUUAAUCAAAUGAUUAAACGUGCAAUGGUAUAAAGGCUGUGAAUAUGUUGCUACAGUUGCUAAUUUUUUGUUUACUGUUAUUUCUCUUUAUUUAUUGGAUUUUGCCCACUGGCAUAAGUUGGUAUCUGAUCAAACGCUUUCGGGUCAAAGUGCGCAUUGGCCGAAUUUCGUUGCCCUAUUUAUCGCUGAAGAAUGUCCACAUCAGCAAAAGUGGUUUCUCGGUGCAAAUCGAAGAGGUGUGCUUACGCAGCAGUUUCUUCACCACCGACGUCACUAAACUGCUGUCCAUUUAUAUACGAGACAUACGCAUCAACAAAGACAUACACAGCAGUCGCCAGGAUGAGCUCAACGAUGUUGGUUACCUUGAGCCGCGCGCCCAACAAAAGGAGGCGCGCAACGUGCCUGAUUUUCGGCAAACUAAAGUGCCCGCCAGCAUCAUCACCUUCGCGCAGUUUAUGGCUGUGCACGUAAAUAACAUAUCCGUGGUGCUGAUGAACAAUGACUUUGAUCCGGGCUGGUUUAUACAUGCCACCGCCAAGGAGCUGCAUCUGGAUGGUAGCAUUGUUCAAAAUGCACGCGUGCUGCUUGUCAAUGCCGCACUAACCGAGGCGCAAGCCAAGAUGCUGCGCCACUGCAACGCCAGAAGACAAUCUUUGGAAAAUUUAAACAAAAUACGCCCCUGCCUGGGUGAGGUAAGUUUCGACGUGGCAUUGGACGCCUCGCUUUUUGCGCAGGGGCCACUCUCUAUGGAUACGCUGCGACUGGUCAUAAACAACUGCAAGUCAGUGAUACAUGGCGGCCUCUACGAGUUUCUCAGCGAAGCCAAGCAACGCACAAAGCCAGGACAAGUGCCAAAGCUGCGCAAGUCACGUAGUUAUGACAAUGAGAGCUAUGAGAAGCUGGCACCUUUAAUACCCAAGAACUUUAACUUCAGCAUUAAGGCAGCAACAUUCAAUGCGGUCAAGGAGAACUCACAGAAUGAUUUUAGUGCUAAGAUGCAGCUGUUUAAUAUAACGGGCAAGUUCAAUCCGAGAAUUGUGGAUGAACAGGCGCAGCUGCCUUCAAUGCUUGCCAAACUAAUGGUGCAGCACCUGGAUAUUGAUACCAAGUAUGAAAAGCUGCUCUUUGUUGAACAGUUCACCAUAGACUCCGUGCUGGAGCGUGAUAUUUUGAAACUCUACGUCAAGCUAAAAACAUUCCAAAUCAUCUAUAACCACAGCGAGAUUUAUGACUUUGUCAAUAACAAUUUCCUAGCACGCCAGCGUGCGAGCAGCGGACAUUAUCCGUUGCAGCUGCGCCACAAACAGCACUCGCUGCCAAGUAACUUAAGCCUGGAGGCGCUGAGCGUGCCGGCUAAGCAAGCAGGUGGUGGCGUCUUGGAGUGGCUAAUGCAGCGCAUGGUGGUCACAGGCUGUGCAGAGUUGUAUAAUGUGUCGCUGCUAAUGAAGCUGGACGACGAGCACAUUGCCAUGAGCGUUAGUCACACGCGCUUUCUGCUGGAACAGUUGGCGGAGAAGCGCAGCUCGCGGUAUAGCAACAAAUUUCUUAAUUUGCUUCUCAAUGAACGUCAGUGGAGUAUGGAGGUAAUGGUGGAGACACUAUGGUCCAAUUUGGGCAAUUCGAACAAUGAUACAAACAACUUAAAGAAGACGCACUCACCGGGCUCACCGUUCUUCUUGGGUGUCAGUCUGGUCAAGCUGUGCUCCUAUGCGAACACCACCAAGCUGGACAUAUCGAUACACACCUUUCGCACGGAGUAUAGCAUGCAGUUGGCAGAGUUUGUGGUAAAAUCGAUGCACUGCAUCAAGCAGUACGGUGGACUUAGCCGCAAAUCAGCUGUCAAAGCAACGACAACAGCCGCUGUCAAUCUGUCCGAGCCGGAGACGCCUCCGGGUACAGCGCUGCGUGUGUCUGUCAAGGUGAAGGACAUCACAGCAUACUUUGUAAAUCAUCACAAUGUCUACAUGCUGCUCAGCUUCUCCGAGCUCAGUCUGUCGCGAGCACAGCAUGUGGCCACACUUAAGCUAGAGGAAUUCCAGCUGGCCAUAAUGCGUGCUAUGACUGCCUCCUCCUUAUGCCUGACGGACUUCUCCGAUGUGUUUGCCAGCUGCAAGAUGAUUCGCCUGGAGCAUGAGCAGCAGCCGGUAACAGCGUCAGAGUCAGAGCAAUCUUUAGGCAAGCUGUCCAUUUAUAUACCUGGCAAUUCGGAAGCCUACUGGAACUCCAAUCUACACAUGCAUAUGCUAACCUUAGCACGAGAUAUGCAGGAUUUGAAAACAGAGCUGGCAUUACCAGUCAAAAAGCAACAACAACAGCAGCAGCAUGAAGAGCCUUUACCCAAGCUCAAGCUUAUCAUAGAGCUCUCCGCGGAACGCAGCACCAUAGUGGAGUUAAAGUUCUCAGAGCGCCACUCCAUACAGCUGUUUGUUGAGAAUCUGUUCUUCAGCCACAAGCAACGCAAUAUUAUUUACGCUGAGAAUGUGUUUGUCAAAAUCGAUGAUCAGCAUAUUUUGACGCUCAAGGAUAUAGACAUGCAGUCCUUGCCACGCAUGGAGACUCUUAGUCAUGAGCGCUUGAAUUUCCCUGGCUUUGUGCUGCCCUCCAACAAGGUGUGGGUGACGAACAUAGGCAGCUUCAAGGCCAUUUUUCCCUAUGAUCAUGACUUCUAUGAUGCUAUAAACAACGAAUUCGUCACACACUUCAAGUGGCUGAAGCUGGUGCACAACUACAAGAAGAAACCCUUUACGGUGGAUUCCCCGCUGCCCAGCGAUUGGGUUAUCAAAAUCAAAGAGUUUCUAUUGGAGAUAAGCGACGAUCCAUUUGAGGUCAAGCUGCGUGAUAAUUAUGUGCUGCUGGUGGACGAAUAUCUGGAGAGCCUGAAGCGCAAAUCUUUGUUUGACAAAAAGAUUGCUGAGCUGUGCUCGGAGCGACUGUUGGUGCCCGCCGGCACCAUUGAGAGCCUCUAUGCAAAUUUGGUCAAAAAGAACUCUGAGAUUUACAUACAACGAUCCAAGAAGAUUCGAGAAAGCGGCCCAGUACGCACACGUUUGCUUGCUUGGAUUAUGAACGAUGUGGAAAUACUAGCCAUGGCGGAUACUUCCAUACAUGGCUAUGACAAUGUUACACGCACCAUGCGUGAAAUUGACUCGGAGAGUCCCUGGCCCGAGGAGGGCUUACAGUUUACUACGCUCUGGUGUCGCGGCGUCAACAUUAGCUGUUCCGAGUGGAAGUUUAUGCUGCGCGACUUUCCGCAACCCAUGUUCUAUGUGAAGAGCAUGCGUCUCUAUGGCAAUCUCUGCGGCGCAGAGCAAGCAGCCUCCAAGCGUGCCAAACGUGAUGUCUUCGUAGACGUGGGCGAGCCUUUCCAGACGCAUGUGGUGCAGCGCAGCAUGCCCUCGAUAAAGUUCUAUCACGACUUUGACUGCGAGCUGGAGAGCUGUAGCUACGCCUUUGGACCCUGCUGGGAGCCGGUAAUGGCGCAAUGCAAUCUAAGCUUUGAGAAAAUCUCGGCACCCAGCAAGGAUCCUAGUCCACCGCUGCCUUUUUGGGAUAAGAUGCGUUUGCUGCUGCAUGGACGCUUGACUUUGAUAGCCAAGCAGUUUACUGUGCUGUUGCAUGCCUCACUGGAUCCGUACAACACCACAGAGGAAAUGGAGCUGACUUGGAACAAUUGCGGCAUUGUCUGGACCAAUGCCAAGAUUAUGUUCAAAGGCGAACUUAAUGUGACAGUGCGCACUGCUUCUCGCUAUGAUGAUUGCCGUCUGCUGCAUUUUCCCAAUCUGAAGCUAACGUUCAAGCUGAACUGGGUGUGUCUGGCUAAUCCUAAUGAUCAUCAUGCGGUAAUGCCCUGUGCUCCAGACAAGCUGCCAGAGUACUCCAGCAAUCAAGUGCAUGAUUCUUUUCGCGCCUUUCGCUCGGUGAAUCUGAAUAUUUGGGUUUCGUUUGAGACCAAGCCCAAGGCAGGCGAGGAAGUGGAACUGGACAUACCCAGCUUGGUGCUUUAUGGCAGCACCUUGCGCUGGUUUGAGAGCCUAAAGCUGAUACUCUCCGGCGUAACGCGUCCGACACGUCGUGGUCCUGUUUUUAACAAUGUGCGUCCACGCAAGAAGCAGCUAAGCCGGCACUACAAGAAGGCCAAUUUGCAAAUGUGUCUGCACAAGUUCCAGGUGCUUUAUUGGAUGUCGCAUGCGCUGCACAAGGGUUUCCAGCUGAAUGGACGACGCGUUUCCUUUGGCUCGGAGUAUAGCCUAACACUCAAUGCCAUUGAUGAUGGCUUGAUACACAGACCACGCGCCGACUGGGGCACCAUCUAUAUGAACUGUGAGCUUAACGAUGCGGAGAUCUGGCUAAAGAGCAUUGUCACUGAGAAGCUGGACAGCAGCGCCGAGAAUUUAGCCAGCGCUGCAUCGGAUGCUUUUAAAAUUGUGCGCUUUUAUUUUCUGAGCGUUGCCAAAGUGUCCUAUGGCCGUGAGGCUUUAAUGCCCAGUGCGCCCAACAACGCAGAGGACGAAGCCAAGGGCAAGUCGUCAACACCCACGCAUAAGCUAGUGGUCUAUGAUCUGAAAGGCGCCUGGACCAAAAGCAAUCGAGAUGUGGCCUUUGCGCUGUUUGAUUCGUUUAUGAAAUCGCAGAAGCUAAAGAAUAAUCUGUCCACGGAAGCGGUCAAGAGCUAUCGCAAGGAGGCGCCCAACUCAGCAAUGCUGAAGCACAAGCGCAGCGAUAGCACUAUAACCUUGUCCAGCACUAACUCCGAGGUGCUGCCCAUUGCCAAUCCGAAUGCUGCGCUGAAGAAGGCGCCCGGUCAGGUGCAUGCCACAGCCAUGUUGCAGCAGCUUAUUGCCGAGGCGGAUCACAAAUUCAAUGUGUAUAGCGAUGAUCACAGCACGCAGUCACGUGAGCUGCAGCUGCAGGGCUUGCAGGCUUGCUCCGCGCAGGAUAUUAUGCAUGAGAACUGGUCCAUUAGUCUGGUCAAUUCGCAGGUGCUGCUCAAGGGCUGCGAGACGUCCGGCUAUGUUAUUAUUAGUGCUGCCAAGGCGGAAAUUUUACAACGCGAGCAUCGGCCCGUGUGGCGUGAUCGCUCGCUUAUCUCCAAGACCACAUGGAAGGGUCUGCUCGAGUGCAUGCAGUACUAUGCCACAGUGAGCGCUGGCGACAAUGACUCGCUGCUGGAGAAGGAGAUCAUGUGGUUGACGGUGGACAAUAUACAGGAUAAGGACGAGAGCAGCAUAGUCAAUCAUCUGCCCGAGGACAUAUCGCAUUUGGUGGGCAGUGGACGCAGUGUGGGUGGUGUUGUCUCCGAAACCGUGGGCGCCUUUCUCAGUGACAACUCUGGCCAGGCACAGCCUGUGCAGCUGCAGCGCAUUGUAUCCAAAUGUAAAUGCGAAUUCUUUUAUGUCAGCUAUGGCGAUGCUAUAGAUCCCAAUAGCAUUACCGAAGUGCCGCCGCCGCCUGCUGAAGAGUCGCUAUCGCCCUGGGAGAAGCAAGAUGAUCCUGUGGAUGCGUUCACGCUUAUGCAUCACGACUUGGAUGUCUGCACCAAUUCGCUGCAGUAUGCCAUGAUCUUGGACAUAGUCAAUAAUCUGUUGCUCUAUGUGGAGCCACAACGCAAGCAGGCGGCUGAAAAGCUGGCGCGCAUGCGCUUCCAGCUGCAGCUGCACUCCACCGAGGAUCAAAAGCGGCCCAUACAGCAAAAGCAGACGCUGAUACGCAGUCUGCUGAUGAAGAUACGCUCGCUGGAGAAGGACAUACAUCUGAUCAGCAAGGAGCGCAUUGAGGAGGGCGACAGCUUGGAGCUGCGCAUCGAAUUUGAGCGCGUGCAGCAGCAGAUACGCGAGAGCAAGGAGGAGCUCAACAACUACAGCGAGGAGCUGGACAUGAUGCUGCUUUGCUACAAGGAGAAACAGCUGUCGCAGCUAAGUCGCAUAUCCAAUGUGCGCUCGGACAAAUCUGUAACCAUGGUGCGCACCAAUGAGAUUUGCUUUAAGCGCGCCCAGUGGCGUCUCACAGAGACAGAUGGACAAAUAGGCAUUGCGGAUUUGGUGCUGAGCGCUUUCCUUUAUACCAAAAAGUCCAAGAGCGAUGAUUCCGUGGAGCAUCUUCUUGAGCUAGGCAAUAUACGCAUGGAGAAUCUGCUGCCACGCGAAAUUUAUCGCGAUGUUUUGCUUGCCACAGAGAUACAAAAGGAUAUGCCCGUGGAUACGCAUAAGCGUGUGCUGCGCAUCUUUUGCCGCGAGAAGCCGCCAGUGGGCGGCAUUUCUGUCAAGGAUCAUUUCGAAAUUAAUGUGGCGCCCAUUACCAUUGCCAUUACCAAGAAGUUCUACAGCACUAUGCUGAAGUUCUGUUUCCCGGAUCGUGAUGCCUCCGAGACAGAGGUCAGCGAUGAGUUGGAUGACAAUGCAUCCAGCAGCUCCGCCUCCAUUACCAAUCUGCAAGCCAAGUCCAGCUCUACUUCGUCCUCCACCAAGCGCUCGGGUAAGAGUAAGAAGAGCUCGAAGGACUCCGAGUUUUAUGUCAAGAUAGAAAAGGACGACGUGGAGAAGAUGAAGGAGCGCGCCGAGAAGAAUAAACUUUUCAUCUAUAUCAAAAUACCCGAGGUGCCUGUCAGAGUCAGCUAUAAAGGCAACAAGGAGAAGAAUCUAGAGGAUAUUACUGACUACUCGCUGGUUAUACCUACGCUGGAAUAUCAUAAUGUCACCUGGACAUGGCUCGAUCUGCUGCUUGCCAUGAAAUCAGUGAGCAAGCGCGUCAUUGUCUCUCAGGCCAUUAAGCAAAAGCUACAAAUACAUCGACGACAGCCUCUCUUAACUGCGGGCGAGCGUGCCACGCCCCAAGAGGAGGAUAAGGCGAAGAUGCUGUUUGGCAAUCGAUUGAUGAACGAACAGAAAAACCAAAAGAAAGGCGGCGGCGUCUUUAAGUUCCCCUCCUCCAGCGGCAAACGCACCGAUUAAACUAUUUGAAUUUAUUUAUGUAUACUAAUUGUAAAUUAAUAAUUUAUGCUGUAUGCUGACUUUGCAACACUCUGGACUCGAGCAGAGCUGGGGUCAGUUAACUUGCCCCGCUUGAACAUAACUGUAAUAUAGUAUAUGCUAAAUUAUAUUGUAAACACACAUCACACACACACACACUCAAUCACUCAAGUAUUAUGCAAGUAAUAUAUAACUAACGUAUUAUUGUGUGUCUUUGUCUAUAAAUAAAUCAGUAAAUUUCAAACGCAAUUUAUUUAGAGUCAUCCCAUUUGCGAUUUGUAGCACGAUCUUAACCGUCACACUUUAUGGACAUUCUACGGUGCAAGUACUUCGACUGAUUGGAAGGUCCAACAGCUGGACACGCAUGCCACGAUGAACCAAUCGUGGCACACUUGAACAGAGCAAGCGAGUUGGAUGACCCAUACAUUGAAAAGCUUU